CCCCUCCCCAGCCUCUAUAAGUACGCUCCAAAACACACAACACACACAGUCAUUUCUCCUCCAACUCUCCAUCAAGCUGUGUUCGAAUUGAAAAAUUCAAUUUUACAAAGUUUCCGGUAAUUGAACCCGCGAAUCGUGUUGCCGUUGUUUCAUUUGGGUGCCAAUUGUUGCAAUGGAAGCGCCUACGGAAGCUGAGCCUCAAAUUCAGCCGGCGUCGGCCGAGGAGCGGCAGGAGGAAGAUGAGAACGACAUUUUGAUGGCCAAGGCACAGUCGUUGAUAGAUAAGAUCACUGCGAGCCCUGGAAACCCUAGCCCCAACGUGCUCCAUGCCCUCGCCACCAUUCUGGAGGCGCAAGAAUCAAGCUACAUGGAGGGUGCAGAUCAGCCUCCGACAAGUAUUGGCAGGUCUUCUCAUAAUAUUGGGCGACUUGGAAACCUUAUUCGGGAGAAUGAAGAUUUUUUUGAGUUGAUAACUUCAAAAUUUCUUAAAGCCGGCGCACAUUCAGUAUCAGUACAGGCAGCUACUACCAGGAUUCUUUUCAGUUGUUCGCUAACUUGGAUGUAUCCACAUGUAUUUGAAGAUGAUGUCCUAGCUAACUUAAGACGGUGGGUGAUGGAGGAUAUUCCCCGCUCAUCUGGUGAUGACCGUCAUUGGAAGCAUGUCACAGUGAAAAGAAAAUCGUUAGACUCUGAAAUGUUACGAACAUACUCUACUGCUCUUCUUGCUAUAUGCUUAACUAGUGGUGGUCCACUUGUGGAAGAUGUCUUAACAUCUGGAAUAUCAGCUAAGCUUAUGCGCUAUUUAAGAGUUCGGGUUUUAAGUGAUACAAGCCCAAAUCAGAAAGAUGGCAAUCUAUCGGUUGACAACAAAAACGCACCAACCAUAACCUUCCCUAAAAUGAAAGAGGAAGGCAGGAGUAGGUUGCGGCCAGCGGCGGAGGUUUCUCACUUGGAUGUUGACACUUCGAGAAUGAAUAUCGAUAAGGAUCAAGAUAAAGAUGCUGCCCUAUUGGAUGAAUGUGGGAUUGAUGAGGACCCCCCUGAUAAUAUGGUUCUAGAGGUUGAUGGUUAUGAAGCAGAAGCAGAUGGUGAAGAAAGAUGCAAUAUCAGAGAUUUUUGCGAGUCAAAAACAAAACCUUGUGGAAGAUCUCAUAAAGAGGAAGAGGCUGAAGAAAAUAUGAGAGACGACUCUUCCAGACGAAAAUCAAAUCGUGGAUUUUCCAGAACACGAGGAAAGGUUAGGUCCAGCGAAGGAGUAUCUGAAACUGAGCAAGCUAUGACGUCCCCAAGUUCUGGCAGUAGGUCAGGGCAGGCACGGAGUGUGAGAGACAGAAGUGGAGCUAGAAAUCAGGAUCUGAGGAGAUUUUCAGAUGCUAAAAAGAGUCUAGGAAGGAAUGAUGUUGAUACUUUUAUCCCCCAGAGAGACGAAAAUGAUGAUUGCUUCCAGAACUGCAAAGUUGGCAACAAAGACAUUACUGAUUUUGUUAAAAAAGCUGUGAGAGCCGCUGAAGCUGAAGCGAGAGCAGCCAAUGCGCAUUCUAUACCCAUAAGGGCGGCUGGUGAUGCUGCUGCUGAAGUGGUUAAAACUGCUGCAUUGGAGGAAUACAAGAAAACAAAUGAUGAAGAAGCUGCUGUGCUUGCUGCUUCGAGAGCUGCCUCUACUGUCAUAGAUGCUGCAAAUGCAAUUCCUGCUCCAAGAAAUUCAAGCAAUGUCGAUAGCGAUUCAGGCAAUUCAAAGGCUACUGAUGCAGAAUUUUGUGAAGAUAUUGGCGAAGUCUCAAUCCCGGACAACCACUCCCUUGCGACGUUGAGGGAGAAGUUUUCUAUCCAGUGUCUUGUAGUGCUGGGGGAGUAUGUUGAAGUUCUCGGUCCUGUGAUCCAUGAGAAGGGGGUUGAUGUCUCUCUUGCACUAAUGCAGCGAAGUCUUAAGCACAAAGAGGCAUCAACCGGUAUGAUUCUUUUGCCUGAUAUUUUGAAAUUGAUCUGUGCCUUGGCUGCUCAUCGGAAGUUUGCUGCAUUAUUUGUGGACCGUGGUGGCAUGCAACGACUGCUUGGUGUUCCAAGAAUUGCAUUGACAUAUCUUGAUUUAUCAUCGUGCUUAAUUACAAUUGGUUCAAUCCAGGGGAUAAUGGAGCGUGUUUGUGCCCUUCCUUCAAAUGUAAUCCAUCAGAUUGUGGAGUUGGCUCUACAACUUCUUGACUGUCCACAGGAUCAUGCAGCCCGAAAGAAUGCUGCAUUGUUCUUUGCUGCUGCUUUUGUCUUCAGAGCCAUUAUUGAUGAAUUUGAUUCACAGGAUGGUUUGCAGAAAGUACUCUCUCUUUUGAAUGAUGCUGCCUCAGUAAGAUCUGGGGUUUCUGCUGGGCAAUCAAGUAACUCAGGAUCUCUUCGAAAUGACCGGUCCACCGCAGAUGUACUGACAUCUUCAGAAAAACAAACAGCUUAUCACACCUGUGGAGCACUGCGACAAUAUUUCAGAGCACAUCUUCUUUUGCUUGUGGAUUCAAUAAGACCUAUGAAAAAUAUUCGAAGUGUGCCUAGAAACAUUUCUAGGGCAGCAUACAAGCCACUGGACAUAAGCAAUGAGGCAAUGGAUGUUGUUUUCCGUCAAAUACAGAAGGAUCGGAAACUGGGACCUGCACUUGUGAAGGAACGUUGGCCUGUAGUUGAUAAAUUUUUGGCAUCAAAUGGUCAUACCACUAUGUUAGAGUUGUGUCAGGCCCCACCAGUGGAGCGCUAUUUGCAUGAUUUGCUUCAGUAUGCCCUCGGUGUGCUGCACAUUGUAACCUUGGUACCUUAUAGCCGCAAACCUAUUGUAACUGCCACUUUAAGCAAUGAUCGAGUGGGCAUAGCUGUCAUCUUGGAUGCUGUAAACGGUGCUGGUUUUGUUGAACCUGAGAUUGUUGAGCCGGCGUUGAAUCUGUUGAUAAAUCUUGUUUGCCCUCCUCCAUCAAUCAGCAACAAACCAAGCUCUAACAUACAAGGCCAACAAGCUUAUUCUAGCCAAACUGGGAAUGGUUCUGCUGUGGAGUCCAGGGACAGAAAUGCAGAAAGGAAUAUUAUGGAACAAGCAGUCAGUGUUCCUGUCCAGAAUGAAACAAGGGAACAAAGUGGAGAACCUGCUUCUGUUGAUAGAGGUGUCUCAGUAGCUCCAUCAUCAUCAUCUACUAAUAACACAUCGUCACAAGCAUCUUCAUCUACAGUGGCAUCUGGCCUAGUCGGAGAUCGAAGGAUAUCUUUAGGUGCUAGAGCAGGUUGUGCUGGGCUUGCUGCGCAACUGGAACAAGGUUAUCGGCAAGCAAGAGAAGCUGUUCGUGCAAACAAUGGUAUCAAGGUUCUUCUUCAGCUUCUCCAACCGAGGAUGCUGACAUCCCCUGCUGCUCUUGAUUGUCUUCGUGCUCUGACAUGCCGAGUUCUUCUUGGUUUGGCCAGAGAUGACACAAUUGCUCAUAUAUUAACAAAGCUUCAGGUAGGAAAAAAGCUCUCAGAGCUUAUUCGAGAUUCUGGGAGCCAAUCUGCUGGAGGCGAGCAAAACAGGUGGCAGGCAGAGCUCGCUCAAGUGACUUUUGAGCUGAUUGGAGUCGUAACUAAUUCUGGGCGUGCGAGUACUUUAGCAGCCAGUGAUGCAGCUACCCCAACCUUGAGGCGUAUUGAAAGAGCUGCCAUAGCUGCUGCUACUCCUAUUUCUUAUCAUUCUAGGGAACUUUUGCUGCUGAUGCACGAGCACCUUCAAGCAUCUGGUUUAGCAGAAAGUGCAGCUACACUUCUUAAAGAGGCUAAGUUGACACCCUUGCCAUCGUUAGCGGCCCCUUCAUCUUUAGCACAUCAAGCCACUGGACAGGAAGCUUCUACAGUACAAAUUCAUUGGCCAUCAGCUCGUGCUGCUUGUGGAUUCUUGUCAGAUAAAUCAAAAUUUUCUCUUCAUCAGGAAGAUUCCAGUUUCAGAUCUGAUUCAUCUUACUUGUCUUCAAAAAAGAAAAUAUUGCCAUUGCCAGCUGCUCAUAGUCACUCAAAAGUUCCACUUAAACCAGAGGAUAGUCCAGUACCUUCAAGCAGAGAAGUAAACUUCAACUCCGAAAAAGCUUCUUUAGCUGCAGAUGGUGUGGGAACUCCAUUACUGUCUGUUCCGAAAUUUGGUGGUGAUACGGAUACUCAGGUUAGAACCCCAAUAGUGUUGCCAAUGAAGCGAAAAUUGACAGACUUGAAAGAAAGUGGAUCAGGCCCAUCAGUAAAAAGACUUAACACUGGUGAGCAUUCACUUAGAUCUCCUUGUUUCACCUCACCUAAUUCUUCUCGCAGAAGUGGUCUGUAUUCAGAUGCAACUCUGUUCUGCACACCAAUCUCUACUCCGAGGGAGUAUCAGAGUCGGGAUAUUGAUGAAAAUCAGUUGGUUGGUCUGGCUUCUUCCUCCCAACUGCUCAAUGAUCCACAACCUACUGGCUCUGAACGGCUUACCUUGGAUUCUCUUGUUGUCCAGUACUUAAAGCACCAACAUCGUCAAUGUCCUGCACCAAUCACAACUUUACCUCCUCUUUCACUCUUGCAACCUCAUGUUUGUCCAGAACCAAAAAGAAGUCUCGACGCUCCAUCGAAUGUCACUUCUCGUCUUAGCAACCGUGAGUUUAGAAGUAGGCAAGGAGGAAUUCAUGGGCUUCGAAAGGAUCGCCAGUUUGUGUAUAGUAGAUUCAGACCAUGGCGAAGUUGCCGUGAUGACACUAGUUCACUUUUAACAUGCAUUGCCUUCUUAGGAGAUUCUUCUCGGAUUGCUUCUGGUGGGCAUUCUGGGGAUCUGAAAGUAUUUGACUCCAACAGCAACAUUGUAUUAGACAGUUGUUCAAGCCAUCAGUCUCCUCUUACACUCAUGCAGUCUCAUUGCUCUGGCGAAAACCAGCUUUUACUUUCUUCUAGUGCAAUGGAUGUUCGCUUGUGGGAUGCGUCUAUGGUUUCUGCUGGUCCCAAACACUCAUUUGAUGGAAUCAAAGCUGCCACAUUUAGUAAUUCAGGUGAAAUGUUUGCAGCAUUAAGAUCAGAUUCUCCACGCCGGGAGAUUCUUUUGUAUGAUACUCACACCUGUCAGUUGGACUUGACGUUGUCGGAUACAUCUACUAAUGUUUCUGGUCGCGGGCAUGCAUAUUCACUGGUUCAUUUCAGCCCAUCUGACUCUAUGCUGCUUUGGAAUGGUGUCUUGUGGGAUCGAAGGGUCUCGGAUCCAAUUCAUCGCUUUGAUCAAUUUACAGAUUAUGGCGGAGGCAGCUUUCAUCCUGCUGGGAAUGAGGUGAUUAUAAACUCCGAGGUGUGGGAUCUCCGAAAAUUUAGGUUACUUCGGAGCGUGCCAUCGCUGGAUCAGACAACGAUAACGUUCAAUGCUAGUGGCGAUGUUAUCUACUGCAUUCUGAGGAGAAAUCUCGAGGAUAUCACGUCAGCUUUCAACUCUCGCCGUGUGAAGCACCCUCUCUUCUCUGCCUUCCGCACUGUGGACGCCGUCAAUUAUUCCGACAUCGCCACCAUCCCUGUCGACCGCUGUGUGCUCGACUUCGCUACCGAGCCAACAGAUUCUUUCGUCGGGUUGAUCACAAUGGACGAUCAGGAUGAGAUGUACUCCUCCGCGAGGGUGUAUGAGAUCGGAAGGCGCAAGCCGACAGAUGACGACUCUGAUCCCGACGACGCAGAGACUGAGGAGGAGGAUGAAGACGACGAUGGCGACGACGAUGACGGUUUGGAGGGGGUUCUGGAUGAGGAUGGUGAUAGUGAUGCUGAUGAUAUGAGCAACGACGACAGUGUCAGUGACUUCGAUGACGAUGAGGAAGAUGAUGGGGAUUUCCUGAUAGCGGGUCUCGACUACGACACUCCUGAAAUGCUGGGGAUCGUAUCUGAGGGAGAUGAAGACGACGAUAGCGACGUUCUUGAAUCGUUUAGUAGCGGGGAGGAGGAUGAUUUAUAGAAUGAUGAACAAAACAGAUUUGGGAAAAAAGUGUGGCUGGCUCAACUGUGGAGAAUAAGGUGGUGUUUGGUAGGGGUGUGUGACAGCCCUUGUAUGAGUUGAGUUCCAUGGUUAGAAGGUACGAUGAGAUUGUAAUUAAUUCCCUUUUCAAGAUAAUAGGAAAUGAAAUAUGGCAUUAUGUGGGAACAGUAUAAUCCAAUUUUGUCAGUGAUUCUUUCAAGAGUCAUUAUGUUUUUGGGCAUUCUCUAUUCAUGGUAUGUUUAUUGAAGAAGUAAAAACUGUGUUCGCUGAUU